UUUAGUGCCUUUGUAUUUUGUGUCUUAAAGUAAAAACAUUUCUAACAAUUGCACGACUCUAAAAGUUUAUAUCCAAAUGAUGAACACUAAUCAACACAACCUCGAGAUCAUGUGGAAUCCAACAGGAGCCACAGGUAAAAAUAUCUGCAGACCGCUGUCACAAUGUGUAAGUGUAUAAUGGACUACAUUUUCUUUAUUUCCCAAAAAAAAAAUGCGUGUCACAUCUCUACUUCAACCGUAACAGGCAGAUAAAUAUUUAAUUAAUUCCGAAAUAAGAUCCCUAUCUCUCAAGUACUGUGACAUGUACCGGACCUUUCAAUGUUUAGCUAAAGUUGUGGUAUUUGUCUCCUUUGUCAGUAUUGUGUGAUGAUACACAGGCUUGUGUGUGUCCUGUGGCUUACCGCCUUCAUUCGCCACAAAGCCAAGUAUUUCCAGUCACCAAGCCGGCGGCACUAUUAUCGAUUUAAACUCUGAUGGUGAAAGCUGUGUCGCUUCUGAUCUAGUCAUCUUGGUAACACCUUGUACAUGACACUGCACUCAGGUACAGGCAUGUACAUUGGUAGUCUGUGAGCCUUAGUGGUCAGAGCGGACUGGAAAUGCAGGCUGUAGAAUCAGUACCAUGAAAAAUGAGUAUCGAAACCGUUUUGUAUGUGAUAGAAUUGAUACUUUCCAUACUUUUGACAGCACUAGUUCUGAGGUGGUUGUUGGUUCGAAUGCCAGCAGGGGGCUUUGUUGUAUUUCAUCAGGUCCUUUUUGGAUCAACGCAUAAGAGACAUUUUCAUGUGUCCCCACCGAGCCCACGGCCAGUUCCCAGGGUCCAUGGGACCAGACCUCUCCCUUGAGCCUACGGCUGAUUCUGUGUUGCAGGUGCGACACCGGACUUCUGACCAGGUGAUGGCGCUGAAGAUGAACACGAUGAGCAGCAACAGGGCCAAUAUGCUGAGGGAGGUGCAGCUGAUGAACCGGCUAUCUCACCCCAACAUACUGAGGUUCAUGGGUGUCUGUGUUCAGGAGGGGCAGCUCCACGCUCUGACCGAGUACAUCAACGGGGGGAACCUGGAGCAGCUUCUGGACAGCAACAAGCAGCUGAGCUGGGGGGUGCGCGUGAAGCUGGCCAGGGAUGUGGCCCUGGGCCUGGCCUACCUGCACUCCAAAGGCAUCUUCCACCGAGACCUCACCUCCAAGAACUGCCUGAUCAAGACGGAUGAGACCGGAUACACGGCAGUGGUGGGCGACUUUGGCCUGGCAGAGAAGAUUCCCUGUGAAGACUCUGAUGGGGAGAAGCUGGCGGUGGUGGGCUCCCCCUUCUGGAUGGCCCCGGAAGUGUUGCGGGACGAACCCUACAAUGAGAAGGCCGACAUCUUCUCCUACGGCAUCAUCCUCUGUGAGAUCAUCGCCCGCAUCCAGGCCGAUCCCGAUUACCUUCCUCGCACUGAGAACUUUGGCCUGGAUUACCACGCCUUCCAGAACAUGGUUGGGGACUGUCCACCUGACUUCCUGCAGCAGGCCUUCAACUGCUGCAAUAUGGACCCCAGGCUGCGGCCCUCCUUCGCCGACAUCGUGAGGAAUCUGGAGGAGAUCCUGGAGCGGCUGAAAUGUGCGGAAUCGGAGCAGAUGCAGGCGGCAGUCAUGGACGGCGAGUGGAAGGCCGUCUCCAAAGGCCCAGGGGAGAAGGUGCAGGCUGUGAAGAGGUUGAUCCCCAUGGAGCUGCAGGAUGACAAGAUCCUGCCCAAGUCCCCCCGCCCCCGCCGCAACAUCUGGCUCUCCCGCAGCCAGUCAGACAUCUUCUCCCGCAAGCCAGGCCACAAGGUGGACGUGCAGGAUCCUCACUACAAGCCCGGAGCACGGGCCGCAUCUAAUGCCCGCAAGGUCAACCCCUUCAGCGCCCGCGAGGACCUCAAGGGAGGCAAGAUCAAGUUCUUCGACGUACCCAGCAAGUCCGUCUUCUCGCUGAUGUUUGAUCUACACUCCUGCGCCAGCGGGGGGGUCCCCUCACAGCUUUCCGGUCGCCGCUGUCGCUCGCUGCCCGUGUCACCCCAGCUGCCUGGCCGGGACGCAUUGCGCUUCGCCCCUAGGUGGGACCAGGGCUCGCAGGGCCCGGACGGGAGGCAGAAGGUCCCGGCCAACUGGGCGUGGAAGUAUGCUGUGCCGGAGAUCCCGCCCUAUCGGGCCAGGCCUGAGGAGGAGGACGACGACGAAGAGAGCUGGUUUUCUAUGUCUGGCGACCACAGUGAGGCAAUGGACUGCUCCAGCAGCACCACUACUGAAGAGGAGGAGCUCUUCCUCCCGGCCGAGGCCCCCAAUGGUACCUCUGACAGAACCUGGACCUGCGAAGACAUGGAGGCUGAGAACCAGGAGGCAUCGGAGCACCAAGGCUCCGGAGCGAGGGUCCUUGGUCCAGAGAAGGCUGCCCUCAACCUCUGCCUGUUUGUGGAGGCCGGCAGCUCACCCGCACAGAAGGAUUGCAGCCUGCCUGUUGUGUCUCCCGGCCCACAGGCUAUCCCCUGAAACAGUGACUUCUAGAACACUCCGAGAGGAAGAGAGAGUGCGAGCCCUCCUCACUGCCCCUUUCAGAUACGGCCCCUAGGCAGGCUUUUGCACAUAGUAUGCAAGUUAAAGGAGUUGUAUGGAGGCGGUAGUGGGAUGUCAGUGAGGAAAGUGGACGACCCCCCCCCCCCUCAAAAGGGCUGUGCACAGGGGCAGCCAGAGACACCUAUGGAUGCCGCCAUGCAGGGAGGUGCGUGCGCUUGAUCACGCCAAGUCAUGUUCAGUGUGUCACUACAUUUCUAUGCAAUGAAAUUACUGCACCAGGUUACUUGACUGAAAACUUUUGAAGAGAGGAUCUAUUUUGAUAUUUAUGAGAUGUUUUGCUAGUCGUCUUUUGAUACCUGUUAAGAACAAGCCCUAAAGAGCGUGGUAAGACACAUUUGUUUGUGCUUUCUUACCGACUCCUUUGUUCUGAUAAACACCGGCUUUCCUUUCUACCAGAAGUGUUCCUUCACGCCAAAGACCUUGGAGACCCAGACCGUUUCGUACACCUGGCUUUUUACAGGACCUUGUAAGCUUAAGUGCAUUACUGUUGGUUUAAAAUAAAGUAAGUUGCUGGCCUUUA